GAACGGCGGUCGCGCAGAUUCGUCGAGCCGCAGAGUAAUGCCGACAGCCGGUUGAUACGUGGUCCGACGCCCGUCCGUGUGGUGUACGAAAUUACUGUUUGCGUGCGCGCGUUUUUCGAACGUGUGAUUUACUGGUCCCGCUGUCGUCAUUAUUUUACCACCGAUAUCGUAGUCGCCAUCGCCGUUGUAUUUCGUCUUCGUUAAUGUCUAUAAUAAUAGUAUUUUUUUACUCUAAUAAUUAUAUUAUAAACAGUAAGAAGAGUUAAACUUCUUUUUUUUUUUUUUGUCGUUCGGUCAUUCCCCCGUCAUUUCAGUGCGCCACCGUUGUCAUUGUCGUUGUUUCUGGUGCCGUUUAAGACUCUACCGUAAUAAACCGCGCGUACAAAACGAGCGAGACUGUCAACGGAAAUAUAUCAUAUUAUUUUUUUUAUUCGAACCGGCGUCGUACGUAGUGUCGAUUCCAUAAACUGCACGAGAGCGUAUUGAACGAAAAAAAAACCGACCGAAAAUGAUUCUAGUGAAACUGAUCGAAGACGGACUCGGGUCGCCGCCCGAGUGGGCCGCCCUAGAAGUACAAGGUGAUCUCGAAACCCGUCGGCACACGCCCCUCGAAUGUCAAUACGUCGGUGAUCUGUUCGCGACUAUUCGGGACGGUGUGCCCAUAUUGAUCAUCGGCCAUCACAUCCUGUACGGCAAAGCGCAGACGUUCGACAAACCUCUCGCCGUGAUGAAGAAGAAACCGGACGCGGACGAAUACGUGGUCGAGGCCAUAGUCACCAAAAAGUUGCUAUUCAAGAACCGGCCCAAGCCUAUCAUUGCCUGUCAUUCCAACGACCUUUGAAUGUUUAAACGUUUUUUUUCCGUUUAAAGUUACGAUUUCGGCGUCCAUGCAAUGAUGAUUCAUUAUAAUAAUAUAUGUAGUUUUAAUUUGCCCUCGAUCAGACAUCGAAUUGGUCAACAAUGUAUAUUAUUAUUUGGAGUCGUUCUGCUGAAACUAAAUACAUUUUAAUAAAAAAAAAACAUUUGAAUACACGUUAUUUUUUUGACCUGCGACGUUUCUUUACUGUUGUUGUAAUUGUAUUUUUAACAUUGGCGCGGCGCUGUUUUUCGAGUUGUUUUACGACGCCUAAAUCUAUUCAGCUAAGCAACUUAACUCUCACUAGUGAUAUCUAAGCCGCUAGUGUUUCUAACGGCGGUCGAUGGUCGCACAAUUUGUUAUUUUUUACUCAUAUAAAAUAAUCAAUUGAUGUUUUAUUUUUACAAGUACGAUCGGUUUAGAUUUCCUCACGAUAUUUUGCUACUUUUAUAUGAUAGGUUCGACUGCUAUCGUCUGAAAAUCGUCUUUAUUUUUGUAGAAUUACGAAAAAGAUGGCUAACAGACGUUUAAUAAUGAUAUGAACAAAUAUUGUCUUACUAUGUCAUGUUCCGAAAUAAACGAUAUUGAGUCUGUAUACUUAUUACCGAAUAUAUUUCGUUAACAUCAACAACAUUAUAUUAAAAUGAGUAACGUAUUCAUCGAUUGGGCAUUUAGGUUUUAUUUUUUAUUUUUUUUUUUUCGUUUAAUUAGUUUUUGCGGGAUAUAAUUUAAUAAAUAGUGCACGUAGAGGUACAUAUUAAUGCUAAUCGAUCCACGUCAACGACUGGCGUUGAUGUUGUUGUUGUUGUAAUGACAUAUUAUACAUUUUAUCGCACGUUUUUAAUUCGAACAAUCGUCACGAAAUGUAAAUAAUAGAAUAAUUGUCCAUUUCGUCGUUUACUUGAUUUUCGAAUAUUAUUCUAUAAUACGUAUGCAUAACGUAUAUUUCUUGUUUCUUAUUUUGUUUUGGACUGAAAUCCAUGUUGUGAGGUUUUACGUCUUUAGUCGUUCGGUUUUUAUACCAGUCGUGUCGAGACGUAAACGUCGUUUUCAUCGAUCUUUUCCCUCUCGAAACGACAUUGAUCUCAAAACCACCAUUGUAAUCGUGUAUAUGGAUAAUUUUUCAUCUAUAUGUAUAUCCGACAUCGAUUAUUCUCCAAGCUAUAUUGAUAAAAUAGUUUAAUUAUGGCACGACACGAGAGUGUUGAGUUCGCGUAACAUGAUAUCUGUGUACGAGAACAAUAACGCGUGAACAAAAAUCGCCUUAUUAUUUUUUACGCGUGGGGCGUAAUGUAAAAAAGUUUCAAAAACAAAAACGUUAUAAUAUUAUAUAUCGGGCCUUUCCCUGUAGUCAAAGCUGUUGCAUUACAAGACGUAGAGAUGUUUGUAUGUAGAACACCUAUGUUAUUACAUUCGUCAAAAAAUCACAAACGCGUAUAAUAACGCUGCAGAAAAUGAGUGUUAUAGUGAAAUAUUUGCUUGAGAUGAGUUAUAUUUUAAGACGCCCGAGCACUCUCUCGAUCUCUCUUUCUGCGUGUGUCUCUAUUUCCCUCUUGACAUAUUGGCGGACAGAGCCACGUGAUUCGUUGCAGUGAUUUUAGGUUUUAUUACAAGACUACAAUGAUGUUUUAUUUUAACGAAAUUAUUCUUUUCUCUCGUCUAACCUGCAUAUUCGGAUAUCGUUUUGUUAAUUCGACUGACAAUAAUGUACACGUAUAAUAAUAUAUGUAAUAUAUAAACACAAAACAAAAAACAAUUCUCUUGAAAAUGUUUGGUAAUGAUUUCUCAAAGAAAAUCGGGUCGGCGAAUUCAAGCCAAGGUCUCCUAUGGUGUGAGGUAUGUGAGUGCGAGCCGAGCGACGGUGGUUAUAGACGGCUGCCGGUCGCUGAGACUGUUACAAAUUCGUACGACCGAGAGGCCUGUUUCCAAGGACAAAGGACGCGAUAUUAAUUAAGUCCCUCGAUUGUCUCGAGUAUGUAUUAUUAUUAUUAAAAAUCUAAAUCUUGGAAACGUUUCUUUAUUUCGCGUGUAAUUAAUAUCAACGUUCAAUGUCAGGAUUUUCUCCCACCCUCAUUCGCCUAUCAACUCGGCGUUUGAAUAUGAUAUAUAAAAACACACAUUAUAGUUUAUUGUUUAUAAAUAUUAUAUUGUUAUAUUACAACGUUACCGUGUUUCAAAUUUUAAAAUACAUUAUUUAUUAUCUUAUUUUUAAAGCUGUAAUCUUAUAAUCGCGUGUAAUAACUGCGUGCUACUAUUAUUAGUGCAGGUUAUUUCUGGUAUUAGUCUUCGAACAUAUUUUAAUGUCAAAACAUAAAAAGUGAUAAAAAUUAAUCUUGCUUAAUGUCAAUAAAUUGUAGGUGUACUUAGAUUUUAUAAUAAAGAAAAAUAAACUAUUACUCCCAGAGAAAUCAGUUUCAAGUGGAGAGUUUCUUUUUGAAUGACGAGUGACGUAUUAUUUAAUUUAAAAUAUUUAUAUAAUAGAUGAAAAAAUUAAUUGUUUGUCGUCUCUUUUUUAUUAUUAUAAUAUGUAAUUUAUAGAACUUCGAUUUAAAUCAUUCAUAAUUAUGAAAUAUUAUUAUUUAUGUACGAUAAGGAUAUACCACCUAUAUACCUAACCUCAUAUUUGUAUUUGAACGGUUGUUGUGUACUUACUGAAAUUAAUUUUAAAAAAAUUUGCUUUAACCUUGGGUAGUAUGCUUGAAAUUUAUUUGUAUAUUAACAAUUGACUGAAACAGUGCCAUCUCGACCUGAUGAUAAUUUGUCAAAAUGCAAGUUUCCUGUUAUUGUAGGCAGAGAAAUGGAACACAUUCUUCUAUUCAUUGUUUAAAAACAAUGAAAUUAUCAUAAUUAUUUAGACUAUUAUAUAGUAUUAAAUUAUCAAAGGGCAAAUGUCUAACACGAUUCACUCCCGCCGCCUUGAAAGAUCCUUGGUCUCUUUAUUUUUAUUUCGUUUUCAUGGAUACCGCAUAAUAUCUAUCUAGGUGUACUAUAUAAUACUGUACUAAAUUACAGAAAAAUGUUCCGUGCGUAUGUAUUGACUUUGAAAAUUUACCUCCGUGGUAAGAUGUAAAUUGCUUUUUUUUAUAUUUCAUCUUAAUCUAUUAGUCUAUCUUUCAAUUUUAGUUAUAAUAAAUAAAUAAAAACAAUAAUACUUAAC